AUGGCUAUCCCUUUGUUAAACACAGGCGUAGAUCCACCAUUCCCAGCUGAGGUUCCUCAGUUGGCUCACGGACUGCAGAAAGUGCUGUUCAACCCUGGUGUUCAUUACUUUAAAGAUCCCCGGACGAAAGAAUACAAUUUUACGCCCUAUUUAGAAGCUAUAACCCAACCAAGCGAUUUCAACUAUGAUGCAAUUACACCAUAUAUCACCUCUUCAAAGGAUUCCUCGUUGAUUGAUUUAGCGAGAGCAAAAGCGAAACGUUACGUUGGAUCAACAUCAUCUAUAUCAUCGGCUUUAGCACAGUUAUACUUUCUAAUGUCGAACUUGAAGCCAGUAGAUACGGCUUGUUUAUCAAAAGUAUUCACUGAUCAGCCAACGAGAUUUACACCAGGAAUCCGCAAACCUUAUACAUUUUAUUUGAGAUGGAAAAAUGGUGUUUAUGCUAUUGAUGCUGAUAAGGCAUUUGACGAUGUAGAGACAAUAUUGAGUACUUUGGGAAAAUCAUUAGAAAAGGUGUUGACAAACGAGCCUGCACAGUAUGAACGUUAUCUAAGAGUGAAUGCUGCAGAAUUUAAUGAAGAGGAUAGAUUGCAGCGAGAAGCAUAUGCAUAUGGCGAGAUGGGUAAAUUUUUGCUUAGAUCACAGUUGGAUUGCUAUGAUGACAGGCUUCCUGGAAAGACGUUUGAUCUGAAAACAAGGGCCGUUUUACCUAUCCGUAUGGACACUGAAAACCACUAUAAUUAUUAUGGAUACACAUUGAAGAGAUCACAGGGAUUGUAUGAAUCUUUUGAGCGGGAAUAUUAUGACAUGAUGCGCUCUGCAUUCCUUAAAUAUACUUUUCAGGUCCGCAUUGGCCAUAUGGAUGGUAUUCUGGUCGCGUAUCAUAACACACAAACAUUAUUUGGUUUUCAAUAUAUUUCGAAAGAAGAAAUGGACGCUCGACUUUUCGGAUCCACCAAAUUGGGAGAUCAAGUCUUCCGAAAUUCCUUGUACAUGUUUGAAACUAUUUUGGACCAAGCAACUCAAAAGUUUCCUGAGCAAACCUUGAGAAUAUCCUUCGAUACAAGGCUAAGACAAUCACAGAACACAACAAUGUUCGCUUAUGUUGAGCCUGUGCCGACAGACAACGAGCCUUCCACCAAAGCUAACGAACCCACAAUGAACAACAAUUUGGAAGAGUUCUUUCAAACCAAAGAGACCUCGGAUGAGACCAACGGCAAGGAUUUCAGUCCUUUUGAAGGCUUGACUGUUUAUCAAAUCAACACAUCAUCCAAAGUGAAUGAUACAAUCAUCAACGGACCUCUGAUCCUUGAUAACUAUAGGAAUUUCCGAUGGUCAUUACGAAUGAGAAUGCAAGAAAUACUUAUAAAUAACCUUCCGGAGAAGCAAAAACGAUUUAUAGCACUACGAAAAACUCAACACAAAAUAACGGAACCUUCUCGUAAAAACCCUUUUUCGAAAUAUCUUAAAUCUUUGAUUGAACGUAAUACAAAUCAUGAUCGUUUCUAA